AUGGCACCGUUUGAAGCUCUGCAUGAGCGAAAGAGUAGGUCGCCAAUUGGUUGGUAUAAAGUUGGCGAAGUAGAAUUGUUGGGCCUAGAUUUGGUCCAUCAGGUCAUGGAAAAAGUCAAGUUGAUUCAAGAACGGUUGAAAACAACUCAGAGUCACCAAAAGUCCUAUUCGGGCAUACGAGACUUGGAGUUUCAGGUCGAGGAUUGCGUAUUUUUGAAUGUUUCUCCAAUGAAAGGAUUUGGUUUCCGUGCACCCAGUUUUCAUGUAUCCAUGCUGAAGAAGUGUGUGGGAGACCCAUCCUUGAUUGUUCCCGUUGAUACAAUCAUAAUUAAAGAUAUCCUAGCUUAUGAGGAUAUUCUUGUGGCUACUCUUGAUCGUCAGGUUCACAAGUUGAGAACUAAGGAAGUUGCCUCGGUGAAG